UUUGCAGCGCCCUACGAUGACGUCAUUAUUUUCUCUAUUGACAGCCAUAUUGACAAAUAAGACGAACUACGAUUUUAGAUUGUCAUCUUUUAAAAAGAAUCCUGAACACCCCAGAGGCAGCUCAAAAUGGCUGCAGGACCGUAUAAUUACUCAUAUAUAUUUAAAUAUAUAAUCAUCGGUGAUAUGGGAGUAGGCAAGUCUUGCUUGCUUCACCAGUUUACAGAGAAAAAAUUCAUGGCAGACUGUCCUCAUACUAUAGGAGUUGAAUUUGGAACGAGGAUUAUAGAGGUGUCAGGACAGAAGAUCAAGCUCCAGAUUUGGGACACGGCCGGUCAGGAGCGGUUCAGGGCGGUCACACGCAGCUACUACCGGGGCGCCGCUGGCGCUCUCAUGGUGUAUGACAUUACAAGGAGAAGCACAUAUAAUCAUUUAAGCAGCUGGCUUACUGAUGCCCGGAAUCUAACAAAUCCUAACACAGUAAUAUUUUUGAUUGGGAACAAGUCAGACUUGGAGGCCCAGAGAGACGUGACGUAUGAGGAGGCAAAACAGUUUGCUGAUGAAAAUGGUCUUAUGUUUUUAGAAUGCAGUGCAAAAACGGGUGAUAAUGUAGAAGAUGCAUUUUUAGACACUGCAAAGAAAAUAUACCAAAAUAUUCAGGAUGGAAGUUUGGAUUUAAAUGCGGCCGAGUCGGGAGUGCAACACAAGCCCGCCCAGCCCCGAACGCCCCUGAACACAGACCAGCAACCCAGUAAGGAGGGCUGUCAAUGUUAACAGUGCCCGCAGUGUGUAAAACAUUCAUCGUUGUCGUAACAUAUUGGCCACCCAGUGACAGGAUAGACAGAACAAUCAUUCUCUGCCGUGACCAAGUUCCCUGCAAGUGAUUUAAUGUUAGCCGUGUGGUUUGGAAAGAAGUUUAUUAAGAAUUGAAAAUGUUUAAUUAAGCAGAGAAUGCCAGGCUUAUUUUGCUGUCAUUCUAUUCUAUUACGUUGUUUUCUAUACAUGUACAUUGAUCAUGAUGUCCUUUCAAUGCACAAAUGUUUUCAGUGAAUAAUAAUUCUUCAUUAAACAAUUGAUCUAUAUCAAUGUCGGCUAUUAGCCAUUUUUAGCUAAUUGUACAAAGGUUAAAUGAAAUUGUUUUGUAGUGGUCUAAAAUGUCGUGAAUUGCUCGAGAAGAACAUGAAUAAUCCUGCAGUCUUGUCUUUUGCUUGACAAAGACUUUUUUAGUGUAUUAAAGUUGAUUAUAAGUCAUUUUUAUGAGUGCCUAUUUUCAUAUAAACUUUCAUAAACUCUGACGAAAAAAUUAAAAGAAUCUUUUAAGCUUUUCAAUUCUUAAAUUGGUUGUUAGUCAUACAUUUCUUUGUUUCUUUGUUUCAUUAGGUUAAUUUAUAUAUACAAAUCAUUGUUUUCUCUCCCAAAAUUUAUUUUGGGGGGAGCAUAUAGUCGCCGCUUCGUCUGUCCGUGUGUGCUUCUGUCUCUGUCUGUCCGUCCAUGCACACUUUUUGUCCGGGCUAUUUCUCAGCAACUAAUGACCGGAAAUCAGCGGGUUCUGGUUGUAUGAUUUUUUACAGAGUUAUGGCCCUUUGAAAUUUUUGAAAUUUUCCAUUAAUGUACAUACAGUGCAAUUCUUGUCCGGGCUAUUUCUCAGCAACUAAUGACCGUAAUUCAAUGAAACUUUAUGGGAAGCUUCACUUCUUAGAGGAGAUGUGCAUAUUAUCAGCGGGUUCUGGUCGGAUGAUUUUUCACAGAGUUAUGGCCCUUUGAAAUUUUCUAUAAAAAAAUUAUUGUUCCCCCAACUACUUUGCCCUCAAGACGUUUUCUUUUAUCUGAAUAUAUAGUGCAAUAUUGUGACAAAAAAAACCUUUGGGGAGCAUCACCCGUCUCAGACGGUUUCUUGUUAAGAAUGAUGUACUUAGCAUUUUAGCAGCAAUCUGGAUCAUUAAUAUCUAAUAUCCAUAAUUUGCAUUAGCGUUUGUUACAUUUAAGUCCACUGCAAACCAAUACCAUUUUACAUUAUCUAUAUUAUUCAUAAUUAUACUACAUAAUUAAUGUAUGAAUAAAUGAAGUGUAUUUUAUGUUUCUAGUAAUAUUUAUUAUUUUGUAUUCUAUGUGUUUAUUAACAUCUUCAACAAGAUUAGUGAUGGAAUGAAAACAAAUUAAAAAUCAUGAUUAACUCACUAAUAUAUAUUCUAUAUUUGUGUGUUUAAAUUUAAUCUAGACAGUUUUUCCUAUUUAAAUAUUUCCAUUGAAAUGAAAAAUUUCACUUUAUACACAUGUGUAUGUGUAUAAUUUAUAUGUAUUCAAUUAAAUAGUAUUUAUUGGAUGAUGCCACAUCCUUUUCCUUAAAGUUGUCAGGCUGAAUUUUCUCUGCAAAAUGCUGGUUUCAAAUUGAGCCAUUUAUUUUUUCAUCUAACAUCUUUGUAAUGAAGGCUGUUUUGUCAUGAGGGAGACUCUCAUGUCAAAGAGAUAAUUAUUUAAAUGCAUAUAAACAUUUGUCUUGGCAUUGAUCAAAUAUUGUUUACAGAUAUUUUUCUGUAAAAUUUUGGUGUGGUUAUUAUGGCGGAUUUUAUUUUGUGACAUGUUUUGAAGCCUUAUAAAGGGAUCGGGUUUAUGGUUUUUUUCGCCUACAAUAUGUACAAGAUUUAUAACUUACAAUAUGUAGGAGACACUGUGCAAUGACCAAAAUUGUAAAAAAAAAUCGCCACCUUUGGUAAGAGUAUGUAAGAAAAGUUCAUUUUGUGAAAAAAUACACAAUUGGAAAUAUUUAUUUGUUAUACAAGUUUGAAAUUAACCAAAAAACAUUGCUGUGCAUAUCGACGCUUAUAAAACAAACAGAAUAUGGUGAAGUGUUAAAUUCGAAUAGACGCACAUAAAGCAUUCAGAAUUUGGUAAAGUGUUAUAUUGUUCCCAUUAUGUUCUCAAAGGGACAGUGGUACAAGUGCUCAAAGGUGUCAUAAUGUUGUAAGUCCAUUUAGGAGGAUUUCAGCAAAAGUAUAAAUCCACUUAUUAGUUUAGUAAUGAACGAUUGACAGAUUUAUGAGAGUAAUACAUGUGUAUGUUGGUGACUAUUGACUAUGGCGUAAAUGUUUUUGAAUGCGUUCGUAUAUUUAUUUGUUAUUGUUAGAAUAGAUUAUAUAUAAUACUCCCGAAAGUUGUUGUUGUGUUUGGGAUGUGAAUCAUUGCUUUUUGUGAAUUAAAUUAAUACAUAAAUUAAACAGAAAAGCCUGGCAUGCUGCCAUGGUCAUGCCUGAACUCAAUUACUUCAGUCCCAUAAUCUUACUAAAUGGAAAAAAUCUGUAUUGUUUUGACUAUUUUGUUUUCUUUGAUUAAAAAAAAUGUUGGAACCAAACAAUAUUUUGCUUUAUUUUUAUAAUGGAAACCAGGAGUCAGUGUUUGGCUGCAAGUAUUUCUUCUAAAACACUCAAAUACUAGGCUCAAAUAUCUCCAAUACUUUUAAUUUAAUUUAGUUUUAAUGGGAUAAGCUUUAUGGCAUUUUUGUCAUAUUGCAAUGUUAUGAGCAAGCAUUUCAAUGAAGAAAUAUAACAAUCUUUAACCCUUACAAUGAUUCGAAUUUUUAAGGCCUUUGCAAACAGUUUGGAUCCAGAUGAGACGCCACAGAAUGUGGCGUCUCAUCAGGAUCCAAACUGUUUGCUAUUCUGAUGAUAUUCUUUGAAAAAAAUCGAAGAAAAUGCUAAUUUUAGAACUUCAGCAGAAGACAUUUUAGCAGACGACAAAUUUCCCAGCAUGCAAAGGGUUAAAGGUAAAGAACAUGGGAAAUAAACAACAUAAAUACUAUUUAGCGUAAUAACAAAUAGUUCUUUACAAAUACUCAAAAACAGUAAUAUGAAUCAAUGAAAUAAAAUACUUACCUGGUAAUAAAGCCAGUUUAUUAUAAAUCAUACCUAAAACUUUUUGUGAAAUUGGGCCCAGAUUCCACAACUUCUGUCAUUCUUAAGUUUUGUUGGUCGUUAUCUUUUUUUAUAUCCUUUACGGAUGUAAUAUAUUGGAGUCUUUCUGUUGGUUUGUUAUUUGGUCGGGCAGUCCCCAUUAAAUGCAUGUAUGUGGAGAAAACUACCAUGUAAAUUCUCAAAGCAGUUGAAUUAAAAAAAAUUUGUUACACAAUGAGAUGUAGAUGGGCAAGGCACUUUUCAUUCCCAGUUAUAAACAUUUUUGUUUUUUGCCCUCGAACAUUGCUGACAGUACAUUUAAAAAAGCUUUGUACUGGAAUAUUUGCUUCUGAGGAUCUAAGGAUUACAUUUGUCUUAUUGCACACAACUAAAACAGUUGAACAAUUCUUGUUUUUUAAAAAUUGAAGUUUUUUUUUAUUUCUUAUUUCUGUAUUGCACCGUACCUAGUUUUAGACAUAGAUCACUUACAUAUAGGUGUAAAGAACCAUUCUCACAUAGUAUCACAUAUUCACAAACAAUGAAUACAACUUAUGUUAUUAUAAAUGUGUGCAAAUGUGUAUUGCUAUGGUUGUGAGGCAAGCAUGAUUGCAUUUUAAAAUCAUUCCAUAUCUGUGUUUUGGGAAUAAGUUUUGAAUGUCCUAUCAGACAGUGGCUGUAAAAAAAAGAAGUCUUGUAAGAAUUAUGGAUUGUUAAUCAUCUCUUAUUGCUAAGUGCUACUUUUAAACUUAUUGUACUAAUUGGAAAACUGUUUAAUGGGAUAUUUGAUUGGUAAACUUUUUUCUUUAAAUAUGUUGUACACUUUAUGUAACAACAUGUUGUCAUGUAUAUGUAAAAGCUGUGUUGUUUGUGCUAAAUUCUUAUUAAGAUUUAUCGUAAGAAAUUGCUCGAUGAAGGAAUUUACCUUGGUCUUAUUAUAAAUACACUGUGUAAUGUCAUUUGUCUUUGUUUUGAAUGCUGUAUGCUGUUCAUGAAAUGAACGUGCACUCAAAUAAAAAUUUGAAGAUAAUAAACAUAAAAUUUUUGUACAACAUACUGAUUUUAUCAAAUCUUUAUAAAUGUAUGUAAUAUCUGAUUGUGCUCAUUAAGAAUAUGAUUGUAUAGACACAAUCCAUUCUUCCAUCAAACAUUUAGUGUCUUUCAUAUUACAUUUGAUAACAAAGUACAAAAAAUAAAAUUGUGUGUUUGCCUUCCAUCAGUAAUAUUCAUGUCUUCAUGUGAUUUUAAUUUAGUACUUUUUUCCCGACAGGCCAUGAGUGUUGAGUGCAACACAGAUGUUAUUGCUGUAAAUGUAUUUCUGCAGAUACUACACACUUAAACACAAAAAACUUUUAUUUGUUUGUUGGGUAAAAUUGAAAUCUGUUUUGAAUACAAAUGCAGAGGGGUCAAUGUUCAGGAUUAUUCCUGAAAUCAGGAUUUUGGCACUCAAGGACCAAUUUAGAUAUUGAUAUAAAUCUGAGGAUUUUUUUCUGGAAUUUUAAGAUUAUUGUCACAAAUGUCAUCUUAAACACAAAUUAUUUUACUUUGACAUAUUGUUUACAAAGUUAUAAACAAUAGUUAACAAAGUUACAUGAAUUAUUAACCCUGUUUUGCUCUGGCCCCCAAACGAUAGGCUUAUUUUCAGGAUUUAAGAUUUUGGCCAAUUGACACCCCUGCAAAUGCCAUUCAAGAACUUUUUGCACUGGUUAUGUGCACUGGUUAUGCAUAUACCUUUUGGGUGAAAUUUUUUAUGCCCCCAGAUCGAAAGACCGGGGGUAUAUUGUUUUUGGCCUGUCUGUCUGUCAUUGUGUCAAUCAUUGUAUAUGUGUGUCACAAAACUUAAACCUUGGUUCAACUUUUAUAACUUUUGCAAUAUUGAAGAUAGCAACUUCAUAUUUGGCAUGCAUGUGUUUCUCACAGAGCUGUACAUUUUGAGUGGUGAAAAGUCAUGGUCAAGGUCAUCUUUCAAGGUCAAAGGUCAAAUAUAAUUGUAUUUUUCGUUCAUAAAACUUUAACCUUCGUUACAGUUUGGUGAUAUCUUUUUGAAUAUUGAAGAUAGCAACUUGAUAUUUGGCAUGCAUGUGUAUACAUCUCAUGGAGCUGCACAUUUUGAGUGGCUAAAGGUCAAGGUCAUCGAUUAAGGUCAAAGGUAAAAUUUAUGGCUUCAGAGCGGCGAAAUAGGGGGCAUUGUGUUACUGACAAACACAUCUCUUGUUUUUUUGCGCCAAUCGGUAUGUUAGACGGUUGAAUAGAUUAUUGCUAAUCCUAAUAAUAAUGUUGAUGCUGUUUAUUGUAAAUGUUUGUGGUCUUGUGAUCUAUGUUAGUGCUAUUAGUGGCCAUAGUAGCUAUUGGCUUGGGUAAUAUUGAAAAAUAAGACAUGUUUUAUGCUGUUUCCUUCUCAUCAGUAACGAAAGGUUGGAAAUGAAGCCUUUAAAAUUUGAAUCUAGUAAGAAAGGUCUUUAAUCAACUGUAACUUUCUUAGGGACUUCAAAUGCAUCAAAAUACUUAUCUAAGUGGUAAAGGUUUAACUAAAAAUUCCAUAAAAGAGGAAUGCGUUGUCCCUGAUUAGCCUAGCCUGUCUGCUCAUGUGAUACAUCAUUAUCUUCAAAUUAAAAUCAUACAGCUGUCAUACAGGAUAACAGAGUGGUAUUAUUUUUGUUAUUUAACAUGCAUUGUUAUUUUGUACCCUUUAACUGGUGGCAGUGUAUCAUUAUGUCCCCCACUAUUGUAGUGGGGGACAUAUUGUUUUUGCCCUGUCUGUUGGUCUGUCUGUUUGCGCCAACUUUAACAUUUUGCAAUAACUUUUUCUAUAUUGAAGAUAGCAACUUCAUAUUUGGCAUGCAUGUGUAUCUCAUGAAGCUGCACAUUUUGAGUGGUGAAAGGUCAAGGUCAAGGUCAUCCUUCAAGGUCAGAGGUCAAAUAUAUGUGGCCAAAAUCGCUCAUUUUAUGAAUUCUUUUGCAAUAUUGAAGAUAGCAACUUGAUAUUUGACAUGCAUGUGUAUCUCAUGGAGCUGCACAUUAUGAGUGGUAAAAGGUCAAGGUCAUCCUUCAAGGUCAGAGGAACAAUAUAUGUGGCCCAAAUCACUUAUUUUAUAAAUACUUUUGCAAUAUUGAAGAUAGCAACUUGAUAUUUGGCAUGCAUGUGCAUCUCAUGGAGCUGCACAUUUUGAGUGGUGAAAGGUCAAGGUCAUCCUUCAAGGUCAGAGGUCAAAUAUAUGUGGCCCAAAUCGCUUAUUUUAUUAAUUCUUUUGCAAUAUUGAAGAUAGCAACUUGAUAUUUGGCAUGCAUGUGUAUCUCAUAGAGCUGCACAUUUUGAGUGGUGAAAGGUUAAGGUCAUCCUUCACAAGGUCAAGGUCAUCCUACAAGGUCAAACGUCAUAUAGGGGGACAUUGUGUUUCACAAACACAUCUUGUUUUGUUUGUGUAAGGUGUUAUGUAUUUAGCUUUAUUAUAAUUUCUUUUAUAUUCUGCAAAUCAACCAUUCCAUAAAGUGCUACUGAUUUAUGUUCGGAAAAAAAAAAAUCAUUAACUUACAUGUACUUGCAUUUGUUUCUUGUAUUCUCUUUAUUUUGAAUGAAAACAACUUACAUUGUUAAAAAGACAAUUUGACUCCAAUACGACCCAACCUGAUUUGUUUGGCAAAAGCUUUUCCGUAACUGCGGGUAAAAACACUUUGUUUUCAGGUACACGUUUGAGCAGUAAUUUGUAGCCAGUAUUCUUACUGAUUCUAAUAUUUAUUCACAUAACCAUUUUAAGAACAGCUUAUUUUGACGAAAAUAUUAAUAUUUUUUCCUUAUUUAUCAACUCUUACGUGCGACUUCCAUAGUUAUAAGUGGUCAUGUUAGUAGAGUUUGUCCAUGCAUGUUUUGUUGCAAUAUGAUUUUAAUUGUUAUUAAAUUAUUUCUAUCAACAUUAAAAUGAAAAUGUAUGUUGUAUACAUUGUGUGAUGUCACUAUUCUAAAAUAAUUAUAAAUAAACUGAUAGACAUA